ACUUACCAUCACAUUAGGGCAGCGCACUUCCUCACUUUAUGCUUUCAGACGCCACAAUGGAUUCCUGUUUUCGCGCACUUUGCAUGACUUUUGUUCUGGCAUCAUCAGGUGCGGUUGGACCGGUGAUCAGAUGCGAGCCCUGUGAUGUUGGAGCGCGGCUUUUGUGCAAACCUUUACCCAAGGACUGCGCCGAGAAUGUCCCAGAACCGGGCUGCGGCUGCUGCAUGACCUGUGCGUUGAGCUCCGGCCAGCCGUGCGGCGUGUACACCGGGAGAUGCGGCUCCGGACUGACAUGUCAGCGGCAGCCCGGGGAGCCGAAGCCUCUGCAGGCUCUGCUGGACGGGAGGGGGACGUGUGCAAACGCUACUCAUAAACGACUUACCGCCAGACCAACACCUCCACCAGUCAAUGAACUGCCAGCAGAUCAUUUUGAAACUCUGGAUGAGGUUCAAAAUUGCACCAACUUAGGCCUUCAGACCUCGUCCAUCACCCACAGACCCCAGAGACCUCCACUUCACAACUUUUUCCCCUCUGCCAAGUCAGAGGUCCUGCGACGGAAGCAGCAGAAGAGAACCCAGAGCUUUAAAAUGGAGGAGCUCCCGGGACCACUCAUCACAGACCAACAAAACUUCUCUCUGGAGACCAAACAGGAGCCCGAUUAUGGUCCCUGUCGGAGAGAGAUUGAGAGCAUUCUCAGCAGCCUCAAGAUCACAGACAUUCUCAACCCCAGAGGUUUCCGCAUACCAAACUGUGACAAGAAGGGCUUCUAUAAGAAAAAGCAGUGCCGUCCAUCCAAAGGCAGAAAGCGAGGCUUCUGUUGGUGUGUGGACAAAUACGGGCAGCCUUUGCCAGGUUUUGAUGUGAAGGAGCGAGGAGACGCCCAGUACUACAACUCCGAGAGCCAAUAGGAGCAAAGCAGAAUGGAGGGAGGUUGGGUGGGAGUGAGAGCAAGAGGAAUUGUAAACAAAUGGAGACACUGAGGAUAUUGGGAGAGAGGUCAAGAGAUGGCUCGGCCGAUAAAUGGAUGUUUGCUAUUUCUAUCUGUUGCCUUUGGGACCUUUUUCUGAGGCAGAGCAAGGGGAACAGAGGAAGAGUAUUAGGAGGGGGAAGAAAGCCCCUGUGUCACAGAUACUGUGUUUUCUGCGAUGGAUGGAUUCUACAUAAGCUUUCUGUCUCAGACACAACCAGAAUGACUUCUAAUGAGAGGAUACGCCUCUCAGACGCCCCAUUCUGACUAUAAAGAAAGAGACAUUUGUCACGAACGUGGACGAGAUGGCUCUUCAUUCACGCACAAUUAAGUGGCAUUGCACGCAUGUACAUGCUUGUGAUUUGUUUGAAAGACAUUGUGUGUAUGUAUGUAUAUGUUAUUCAGAGUAAGCAUGCAGUGCCUUACUAUGACUUCCUUUUUUUCCAGGUUGCUUCCUGCUCCUCUGGGAGUUGGACUAGACUGUGCAGCUCAGACAUUUGAUCUGAUCUGCGGUUAUUACUGUUAUUUUGUCACUUUGCAUAAGCUGAUAUUUUGGGAUAAAGGCCACAAAUUGUUAUCUCUGAUCUCUGUGUAGCCAGUGAUUAUUUUCAUCACUUGCUCAUUCACUAGUAAAUAUGCUGUUUGCAUGUACAAUGCAAC